UGGUUUGUCAAAAUUGUUGUGGUCACAAACAUAAAUUGCCUCAAAAAUUGUAUUUGAUUUUAAUAUAUAUUCAUCUAUGUUAUCUAAUACUUGUCUUUUUUAAUAAUAAUUCCCAAUAUGUCUUGCAAUACAUGUGGAAAAUCAUUUUCUUUAUUACGGAAAGAAAAAGGGUGCCCAGGAUGUGGAUUCAGCUAUUGUUCAAAAUGUUUAGAUAACAAAGUGUUUUUAAAGAAAAUCAAUUCAGAGGCAAAGGUUUGUGUGAAGUGCAAGCAGAAAUCCAAUUCAGGGGAAUCAUCACAAAUUGAACCUCCAGAUGCAUACUAUAAGCGCAUUGGAGCCUCAAGUGGUAGUAGCGCAGAACACUCCACUGAUCAAGAAAUACUGAGCAGGCUACAAAAACUUAAAGAUGACAAACUUGAAAAUAAGACUGCUGUAACAACUGAAGAAAUAACUGAAAGACUUAAAAAAAUCAAGGGAGAUGUUCCAUCUGUCUCUGAUGCUGAAAUACAAGAACGCUUGGCCAGAUUAAGGGGCACCCCUAAUCCUGUUACUACUACAAAUAAGGUAUUAUUGCCGACUGCAGACCGUAGGACAGAACAGGAACAAGCAGAUGACCUGUUGAAGCAAUAUUUAGAGCAAACCACUAUGGACACCCAGUACAAGGAUGAAUUUGACAAGUCCGUGGACAGCAUCCAGUCAAGGCUCAUGAAACUGAAAGGCUCUGAGGGCAACCCAACUGCUGGUGUAGAGGCACCAAAUGCAGAGUCAGAAGAUGAAGAGGAAACGAUUAAAAAGAUCAUUAACAAGUACAAAGCAGAGGCAUCCCUAGAAGUGGAGGAGGCGGUGGGCCCCUACACAAGCGAGGAGCUGCCAUUCUGUGAGAUCUGCAACGAGGACGCGACACUACGCUGUCUCGGCUGCAAGUACCUCUUUUGCAAGCGAUGCUACCUCGACCAUAGAGAUGAUGAUGAUGGCUGCAACCGAUAUGAACCUUAUAAGCCACCGAAAGGAAUUUAAGUUGUGUAAAGAUAAAGAAGAGCUUUUCUUACGAAAUUAUUCACCAAUUUAUUCCAAUAUCAGUGUAAAUGAGAUUUUUUAUGUGUAAGUAUUUUAUCAUUUUGCUUCCAGUGCCUUUAACUAUAAAUGAAAUAUAAACUCUGUAAAUUAUU